AUGUCGAAGAUAAAAGCUGUUAAACGUCUGAAGAUCAUUAGCAAAGACGAUUAUUUGUCUACGUCGGAAGAUUCGUCGUCGGAAGAUUCGUUGUUGGAAGACUCGUCGUCGGAAGAUUUGUUGUCGGAAGACUCGUCGUCGGAAGGUAAAGAAACAGUAAAAGAAGAACAGGUGAAGGAAAUGUUUAGAAAACAUCCAGAACUCACUUCAAAAUUCAAUUUCGAGAAUCAACAGCUCAAGAAUGCUUUUAUGGAUGUCCUCCUCGACCUAAUCAAGACACUGUGCAAGUCUACAAAAGAGCUUUCCUUAAAAGAUCUAAACAAAGCAGAGAGGACGCUUAUUGAUCUUACUAGAGCAGGCUUGAAAGUGGGUUGGUUGCAUCAGAAGUGGGAAGAAGCUUACUUGAAGAAGGAGAAACAGAGAAUUAGUGGGGUUCGAAUCAGAGAACUCGAGGAACAGGUCAAGAAGCGUAAGCUGACUUUGUCCUAUUUGGAAUCCGACCUUAAGACAGAGAAAGCUGCGGCUUUAGCUACUAAAUCUCGAAUUGGAUUCAGCGAUGUCGUUUGA